AUGAAGCUCUUCGGUCGCUCGACGGCCCUCCCGAAAAACCCGGGCGAGACGAUCGUGACGCUCAAGGAGGCGCUGAUCGCCCUGCGCAACAACAAGACCAUAAAGGAUGAGGCGAGGCUGAUGGAAGACGUGCGCAAGCCGCUCAACACGCUCAAGUCGUACUUCUUCGGCCUCGAGCCGGGCCACUCGGUGGACGCGCUGCUGGCCCAGAAAGCUGCGAAGGAGCUCGCUGACAGUGGGCUGAUUCGCAUUCUUGUCGAGUUCUUCCGCGGCCUCAACCUGGAGUGUCGCAGCGAAAUCUCGCAGCUCUUGGCCGGAUGUCUUCGCUUGCAGCCCCAGAACAAUCCAGUCGCAGACGUCUUCUACAGGCAGCAGACACUUUUCGACAUCUUGAUCAAAUGCUUCGACGCUGGAGAAAUUGCCUUUCAAGCGGGAUCCAUCCUUCGUGCGUGCUGCCCUCAUCCGCGUUUGACGGGUGCCAUCCUUUCUUCCGACUACUUCUUCAACUUUUUUGAGCACAUGGAAGACCCCUGUUUCGACAUCUCGGCUGAGGCUUAUUCCACCUUCAGGGCCGUGCUCUCAACGUGCAAGCUCGAAGCCGCCCAGUUCCUCAGCAAGUACCACAAGGAGUUCUUCACCGAAUACGACAAAUUACUGCGCUCCACCAAUUACCUCUGCAAGCGCCAGUCACUUCGUUUGCUCGGUGAACUGCUCGUCGAACGCUACAACUACGAGGCCAUGCAGCGCGUCGUCUCCGAUGUGGAAAACCUGAAGACUGUGAUGAAUCUACUGCUCAACCGCGCCCACUCCAUCCAGAUCGAGGCGUUCCACGUCUUCAAGGUGUUCAUCGCCAAUCCGCAGAAGCCGCCCCUCAUUUUGGACGUGCUCAUCCGUAACAAACAUCGACUGAUCCGCUUUGUGACACACCUGAAAUCUGGCGACGGCGUCAACUCCGCUUUCGAGGAGGACAAGCUCUUCUUGCUGGACGAGCUCGAGGGUCUCCCCGAGCGCGAUCCGAAGACUCGCGGCAAGAACCCCGAGGAAGAAUUGCUGAAAUUCUGCAAGCAGAGCGCCAACUUU